GUCAUGACAAAAUUAGAAUACACACCUAUUCCAGAGAUAAUUAGGAUUCACGAUGAUCUCGAAAGAUCAUUCAGAGAGGGCUAUUCAGUUAACAUUGAAAAACGCGUAGAGACUUUGAAGAAUUUGACGUAUAUGCUUCAUGAAAACUCUGACUUAAUACAGUCAGCGCUUGAAGCAGAUCUCGGCAAGCGUAGACAAGAAGCAUAUGUCACUGAGAUAUUUAGUUGUAUUAAUAGCGCUAUAAAUGCUGUACACAAAGUUCGAGGAUGGGCAGCACCUCACAGUGUUUCAGCCAAAUUCCCUGCCAGCUUCCUCGGUCCACAGGUCAGACGCGAGCCGAAAGGUAUAGCAUUGAUUAUAUCACCUUGGAACUACCCAUUAGUACUCACUAUUGAGCCAUUGGUUGGUGCUAUUGCUAGUGGUUCGCCUGUAAUGAUCAAGACAUCAGAAUUGUCAGAAAACUUCUCAGCAACCAUUUCCUCGCUUAUUCACACUUACCUUGAUCCAAAAGUUGUUCGUGUCGUCAAUGGCGCUGUGCCUGAGACCACUGCAGUCUUGAAACAGAAAUUUGGCCAUAUCCUCUACACUGGUAACGGUACAGUCGGUAGAAUUGUACAGCACGCAGCUGCUGAACAUCUCACACCAACCACACUAGAACUCGGUGGCAAGUCUCCAGCCGUCGUUGCAGACGAUGCUAACUUGGACGUUAUCGCUAAGCGUUUAUUAUGGGGCAAGCAUACAAAUGCUGGACAAACUUGUGUUUCACCUGAUUACGUUCUCUGUACGCCUGAAAUGCAAGACAAGUUGAUUACUGCAUUUGAAAAGGUCUACAAACAAUUCUAUCCAGAAGGUAUCCGCAACUCAGAUUCAUUUGGUCGUAUCAUCAACAGUCGUCACUUUGGUCGUCUGACAGGACUUCUUGACAAGACGAAGGGUGAUAUCGUAAUUGGAGGCGACAAGGACGCAUCAGAUAAUUUCAUCGCUCUGACGAUCGUCAAAAAUGUCAAGGCUGAUGACGUUUUAAUGGAGGGUGAACUCUUCGGUCCAAUCUUGCCUAUAGUUACCGUACCAUCAUUAGAUGCGGCGGUCGAGUUCAUAAGGAACCGUGAUCAUCCACUUGCGCUUUAUGUUUACACUGAAAGUGACCAGGUCCGCGAAAAGGUCUUCUCAGGAACACUCUCGGGUUCGGCGGUACAGAAUGAGGCCAUUAUGCAAGUAAGCGUGACUGAGCUUCCAUUUGGAGGUGUCGGUGAAUCAGGGCACGGUAGUUACCACGACAAGCGUACCUUCGACUUGUUUACGUAUGAGAGAUCUAUUUUGAGAAGCAAGACGUGGUUGGAGUUCCUAUUCACUAAGAGAUACCCGCCAUACUCUGAAAGUAAGCUGACGUUUUUACGUAAAGCUGUUCGCGCGCCUAUAGACUUUGAGAAGCCCGGUCAAGAAUCGGUUAUCAAUGCUUUGGGCAGAUUAACAAAGAAGGGUGUCAAACUGGGUGCACUCAUUGGUAUUGUAGCUUUCAUUGCAAAGAAGUAUGGUAGAAACUAAAAUGAAUGUUAUUUAUAUUGUACACAAAAUGUGAUUAGAACGAG